GUUCUUUGUUUCUUUCGAGGGAAGUACAGUACUUCUUAGCCGUCAUGUCUGGUCGCGGGAAAGGCGGAAAGGGUCUGGGGAAAGGAGGCGCCAAGCGGCAUCGCAAAGUCCUCCGGGAUAACAUCCAAGGUAUCACGAAGCCGGCCAUUCGUCGCUUGGCUCGCCGAGGAGGCGUCAAGCGUAUUUCGGGCUUGAUCUACGAGGAAACCCGUGGAGUGCUGAAGGUCUUCCUGGAGAACGUCAUCCGUGAUGCCGUGACUUACACCGAGCACGCCAAGAGGAAGACCGUCACUGCCAUGGAUGUGGUCUAUGCCCUCAAGCGCCAGGGCCGGACUCUGUACGGAUUCGGAGUUCAGACUGAUAGAGGAAAGAUGUCUGGCCGUGGGAAGGGAGGGAAAGGUCUGGGAAAAGGGGGAGCCAAGAGGCACCGCAAAGUCCUCCGAGAUAACAUCCAAGGCAUCACAAAGCCAGCCAUUCGCCGCUUGGCUCGCCGUGGAGGCGUCAAGCGUAUUUCGGGCUUGAUCUAUGAAGAAACCCGUGGAGUCCUGAAGGUCUUCCUGGAGAACGUGAUCCGUGAUGCCGUGACUUACACUGAGCACGCCAAGAGGAAGACGGUCACCGCCAUGGACGUGGUCUAUGCCCUCAAGCGCCAGGGCCGCACUCUGUACGGAUUCGGAGAAAUGGCCAGGACCAAGCAGACUGCCCGCAAGUCCACCGGUGGGAAGGCUCCCCGCAAGCAGCUGGCCACCAAGGCGGCUCGGAAGAGCGCGCCGGCCACCGGGGGCGUGAAGAAGCCUCACCGCUACCGCCCGGGCACCGUGGCCCUGAGGGAGAUCCGCCGCUACCAGAAGUCCACGGAGCUGCUCAUCCGGAAGCUGCCCUUCCAGCGCCUCGUCAGGGAGAUCGCGCAGGACUUCAAGACGGACCUGCGCUUCCAGAGCUCGGCCGUGAUGGCGCUGCAGGAGGCCAGCGAGGCCUACCUGGUGGGGCUCUUCGAGGACACCAACCUCUGCGCCAUCCACGCCAAGCGCGUCACCAUCAUGCCCAAGGACAUCCAGCUCGCCCGCCGCAUCCGCGGGGAGAGGGCUUGAAGGACCUUCACUUUCACAACGACCCAAA